GGCCGGGGUUGCUGCAUUUGCAGGGACCCAGCAUCAAUCGACACCGUUCGUUCUGCAGUGCUUCAUGACGGCGGCCUUGAAGAUGCAGCCUGCAAACGCAGGUGUCUGAGCUCCCUUUUGUGCGGCAGUCCCCUGCACUAUGAAGUACGGGCGGGGAUUGCGGCCACCUUCCAGGUCUAGUGGUCGCGGGUGGCGAUGGUGGAUCUUCCGCGUGGCGCUCCCUCCCACCUUGAUGCUAGUCUUUCUUCUGCAGCCGCUCUUCUACUUUUUGGUGCACCGAGGCUCGCAGCAAGGAGCAGCAUCUGCCCAGGGUGAUAGUGCAAGAAGUGCGGAAUUGCUGAGCUGGGAUGCGAGGAUCCAAGACUUGGACGAAAGGAGGGGCAAUCGGCAAGUUGAUGCAUGGUCUCAAGGGAAAAGUGUGCAGCAGCUAGACAGCCAGGUGCAGCCCAAGGUCGACAAAGCGGAAAUCAGCUCAAAGUUUGAUCACCCUAGCUUCGCGAAGCCUGAGGUGGCCGUCGGUUGGCCUCCCUCAAACCUGCUCUCCAUACAGAUGCUGGAGUUCAAUCGCCAGGGGAGGUGGAUCCCUGCUGGUCAGGGGCCAGUGAACAUCAGCCGUCUAGCUCCUGAUGCCAUCCCCAUCGUGUUGUAUGUUCAUAACCGGCCGAGCUACCUGCGGGUGGUCUUGGACGCACUGUCUCAUGUCCAUGGAAUUGAGGAGACGGUGCUCAUCGUGAGCCAUGACGGAUACUAUCCCGAGGUGGCGGACAUCGUGGGAGAGAUCACCUUCACCAGAGUCAAGCAGAUCUUUGCCCCCUACUCGCCCCACAACUUUGUGGACAGCUUCCCCAACAUCUCCCCGGGGGACUGCCCUGAGCGCCCCGCAGCGGGGGAGGUGCAGGUGGGCUGCGUGGGCGACGCCGACCAAUACGGCAACUACCGGGCGCCGCGCAUCGUGAGCUUGAAGCACCACUGGUUCUGGCUGAUGAAUCACGUGUGGGACGAGAUGGUCGAGCUGCGCGACUUCGAGGGGCACAUCAUGUUCAUGGAGGAAGAUCACGUGCUCGCGCCGAAAGCGUACAGGACGCUCCAGGUGCUGGCCAAAGUGAAGGGCGAGCGGUGUCCCCACUGCGUGGCUGUAAAUCUGGGCAUGCCGCUGCACGACGGGGGGAACCCGGGGGGCAACUACUUUGUCGCGGAUUGGAUGGCCAACAUGGGCUACGCCUUCAACCGCAGCACGUGGCAACGGAUGCGGGACGGCGCGCGCACGUUUUGUACGUACAGCGACUACAACUGGGACGAGACGCUCAAGUGGUCCGUUAUGGCGCACUGGGCGCCCGUCAGGCUGGGCCUGCACGCGGCAGGCCCUCCCAUCAUGCACAUGGGCAAGUGCGGGCUGCACGGGCAGGCGGAUGGCGCGGGGUGCGCCGAAAUUGACGAUCAGGUGGCGGCCUUUCUGGCCCAGGAGGCAGACCGGCCUCCUCCGGAUGAGAGCUGGGGGAUACGGGAAGAGGGCCAGGAUUUGAAUAGAAUCGGCUUCUCGGGGUGGGGGGGCUGGGGCGACCGGAGAGACCACAAGCUGUGCAUGUUUUUUGCAAAGUUGCCGGAAGGGUUGCGCUCGUAAGGAGCAUCGUCAAAGUGCCUUAACAUGGUGUUGUGCUCGUGAUCUUGAUACCUUUUAGACGGAUUUAGAAACGGCUUGCAUUGCGCGCGCAUGCAUGCUUUGAACACCCUCGGGAGCUUUGUACAUUAGCCGUGAGUAUAGACGCUGAUGUUAAUCUUCUAGACCAACAUCUGACCAAGACAGGAUGAGAAAGCAUCCGACCUGUGAUAGCCGACUAAUCAUUCGAAGCAACUAUUCUGGUGCUCUGGA